GUUUCAAUUCUCGUACAUCCACACAGCGCAGAGAACAGUCGCAACUUGUGAGCCCAGCGCGACAAACAUGUCGUCCAAGUGCUCCGUUAAUUAAAGCCAUUAAAUAUUUAGUGAACAGUUUAGCUUCUCAGCUCAUUAACUGCGUUGUUAUUUUUUAACAUGGGUCUGUUGGAGACAUUGCGUCGUCUGACUCCUGGCAGUCCAUCUCGGGGCAGCUGCAACAUUGAGCUACAGCAUCGAGUUGCUGGCGACAACAGCAGCAGCAGCAAAAUUAAAACGAAUCUCGCCGAGGGGCCAGCUCGGGUGGCGCCACUGGCUCAGGUCACGGAGCAAUCGUUGCAGGUGUGGCGCACUUUGCCAGCGGAAAUCCGACAUGAUCCCAGCAUGGCCAGCUUUCAAAUGGAGAACGAACGCAUUCACGGUUCCACGGCGUGCAACAGCGAGGCAGAGCCAGAGCCAGAGGCAGAGGCAGCGGAGCACGACAUCGAUUUGGGUGCCAUUGAACUGGAGCCGGAGGAGGAUGGGGCAAGUCAUCGGCUGCAGCUGCAGUUGCAAGAUGCACCCGGCUCCAGUUAUGCGGGCUCCGAUUUUCUCGACAUUAAAAUGAGACCGAGUGGCGAGGGUGAUAAGAGCACCGAUGAUGAGGCAACCACAACGCACUCGGAACACGAACCGCAUGCAAAUGGACCCGGAAAUGCCAAAAGUCAGGCCAGGCGCAUCCAUCACAGAUCCAAACGUUCCAAGGAGCAACUGAAGCGGGAUAAACACUGGAAGCGAAGUGGUUUGCUCGUCUUGUGGCUAUUUACAGCUGCUGUGCUGAUCACUGUGGGUGAGAAGCAUCUGCUGGAGAAGAUCGUCCAAGUGCCGCGAGGAGAACCAGGCAAAUUUUUCCAGCUGCAACAGAAGCCCACAGGGGACUUCAGACUGAGGCUGCUUGGCCCCUUCAAGAAGACCUCGACACUGCUCAGUGAGAAUAAGGAGGACUCAAAUGAAACCAUCACUCCGAAUUUUCUGUUUGUGCAACCACAAAUAUCUCAAAAUGGUGGCAACAAUGGCAGUCAAGUUUUUAAGAACAUUUUGGAGCUCUGGCAGCUGGCUCUCGUUCCCGAGGCGCACUUGCCACAAGCAGCCGUCGCGGCACGCAAUCGCACUUUUCACGUCAAUGAGGAGCUGCAGGAUCAACUCUCCCGCGAGGAUAGCAAAUUACGACUGCAUAUCUACAGCAAUGUAGAACAGGAUUUGGCCAUUGAGUUGAACUACAAUCCAGUGAUUGUCAAUACACGCACUGGGAGCAUUCUGGCGGGGAUUAUCCUGCUGCUCUUCUAUGGCCUGCUCGUUUGGGAGCAGUUGGAACGUCCCUUUGUGGCCAUGAUCUGUUCGAUACUGUCUGUCACAGCGUUGGCCGUGCUCCAGGAUCGUCCCAACAUGGACGAGAUGAAGGAGUGGAUGGAUAUGGAGCUGCUCACGCUACUCUUUUGCAUGAUGCUGCUCAUUCUGAUACUGACGGAGACGGGCAUCUUUGACUAUUUGGCUGUCAUCUGUUUUGAAAUAUCCGGUGGCAAAAUCUGGCCAAUGAUUUACAGUCUCUGUUUGGUGACGUGUCUGGUUUCCAGCAUGCUGGAUAAUAUGACAACGGUGCUGCUGCUGACACCAGUCGCCAUUCGAUUGUGCGAAGUGAUGCAACUGGAUCCCAUUCCAGUUGUGAUGGGCAUCAUUGUCCAUGCGAAUAUUGGUGGGGCUCUGUCGCCCAUUGGAGAUCCCAUCAGCAUCAUCAUCAGCACCAAUCAUUUUAUUAUAGAUAAUGGCAUCAAUUUCUUCACCUUUGUGGCUCAUAUGUUGCCUGGUGUUUUGCUGGCUGUGUUGCAGAGUUGCGUCUAUUUGCGUCUCUAUUAUCGCAACAUUGACACACUGCGUCUCAAUGAGCCCAAAGAGUUGCGUGAGUUGCGUCGCGAGAUUCGUGUGUGGCAACGUGCCAUGAAUGCGAUUGCUGCCUGCUCCAAGGAUGCCCAGCUGGUGCGUGGCACACUUCACGGCAAAGUGAAGCAACUGAAGCGGACGCUGAGGCGCAGGCAACAAGGCGUGGCAUCCACUGAGAUCUAUGCGAAUACGCUCGAUGAACUGAAGCAGAAGUAUCCGAUAAAGAGCAUGAAACUGCUGCUGCAAUCCUCUGGCGCUCUGAUCUUCGUGAUUGUGUGCUUUCUGGUACAAUCGGUGCCACAUUGGAGAACUCUGCCACUUGGUUGGGUUGCGUUGCUCGGGGUCAUCCUGCUGCUGAUUGUGCUGAAUCGCGAGGAUAUGGAGCAUUUGAUACAUCGCGUGGAGUGGACGACGCUGCUCUUCUUUGCCGCCAUGUUUGUGAUGAUGGAGUGUGUGGAGCGACUUGGACUACUUGUCAGCAUUGCUGAGCUAACGGAGCAUGUGAUCCUGGCUGUGAACGAACAGCAUCGAUUGACGGUGGCCAUUUUCAUGAUCCUUUGGACAUCGGCGUUGGCCUCAUCGGUGCUGGACAGCAUUCCAGUGGCAGCAAUGAUGGUCAAGUUGGUCAACUCGUUGGUUGCCAAGGAAUCACUUGGUUUACCACUGCAACCCCUGGUUUGGUCUUUAACCCUGGGCGCCUCCUUGGGUGGCAAUGGAAGUUUGUAUGGCGCCUCGGCGAAUGUGAUCGCAGCUGGCAUUGCCGAGCAACAUGGCUAUAAAUUAUCCUUUACCCGCUAUUUGAGGACGAUGCUGCCCAUGAUGUUGGGCCAGGUGACCCUAAUGACCAUCUAUCUGAUGCUAUCCCAUGUUGUCUUCAACUGGGAUUAAAUACUAACAACAAAUGUUAAUUAGCUUAAUCGAUCUAUGUGUUGCCAAUUUCGGGAUAUUUGAUAUCAACUGGAACUUUUAAUUAAAUAUAUUUAUCACAUUCAGUAUUUGGAAAAGCGUAUUCAAUUCAAAGUUUGUCUUAUCGUGGUUUUGUAUAACUCUUAUUGUCUUAGAAAUGUAAUCCGUUGAGUAUAAAUUGUUUAGCUCGUUAAAUAAAAACUGUAUAAAGUUGAUGUCACCAAAAAGAAAUAUCAAAUAAACUUGAGAACUUA